AGAUCACAGUCCAAGAGAGAUGGAGGUUUUAAGAAUAAUUGGAGCUUUGAUCAUGCAGAAGAAAGUGAAGGAGAUGCAGAGAAAGACGAGGCAAAUCUGCUCAGCAUAGAUGACAGUGAUGGGCCUUUCAGUCCCAUUGAAGAAAGAAAGUCACUUCGUUUUCGGCCUGGAGCUGUUGGCACCAGUGGUGAUUCCAUAAAAACAUACGCAAGGAGAGGUAAAGCUGGGAGCUUGAGGUUUUUAAAAGGAAAUUCAAUUGGCCUCAACAUGAUGGGAAAUAGCAAGAAACUGAGUGAAAAUACUCAGAACAUGUCUUGUCCUGUAACUGUGGUACAUGGUAGACGUUUUCAUCAUGCGCAUGCACAGACAGCAGUAGUAAAAACAGCAGCCCAAAGCAAUCUGGAUCGAAAGGAGAGAAAAGAAUACCCACCUCGGCUUCAGAAAGUAGAAGCAGACCACAUUAGGUUGCCACGGUCUCAAGAACUGGACAGCAUAAUGGAAAACACAGAAGAGUCAGAAUCGGAAUCUGAAAUUAAGAGAAAGGUGCAACAGAAACGUCACUGCAAUUCGUAUCAAUCUGACCUGGCUCUAUCUUCUGCUACAAAAAAAAGCUUAACUCCAUUAAAGCUUUUGGAACAGACUGAUUAUUCUACUGAUUGCCCAAAUUGUGGGCAGGCAAAUGAAAAUCAGACCAAAUGCCGACAUUGUGAAAGUGCUGCUCUAAAGGAUUUGCAAAGAGUCUCCAGACAAACUGUGACAUUAAGUGAAUCUGUGGGACCUUUAUCACGUUCUUCAAUACAUCAGAAUUCAACAGGACAAAAAUCUUCAAGUACAGGGUUCAACACAAAGAAGUUUUAUGGUUCUGCUGUUGGAAAAGGUCCGACGGAUAUUCUACUGAGUAAUGAAGGUGUAGGACAUUCUAUGUUAAGACAAAAUGGAAAAGUUGGUCUUAUAACUGGGACGAAAAAUCCUAAAAUUACAGGAGGCUUAAGACAGAGGAGUACGAGACCAUCUGAACUAAAUGAUCCAAUUGUUUUGUCUAGUGAUGAUGAUGAGGAGGAGGAUAGUGGCAGCACUAGGAGAAUGGAAAGCAUUUCACCUCGUCCUGCAGAUUCAGCCCGCUCCUCCCCAGCUCCUUCUACAGGAAAGGUGGAAGCAGCAUUAAAGGAAAACAGUUGUGGAAUAGAACAGAGAAUAGGUAGUAUAACAACAGAUACAGAAAUUGCAGUCACACUACCAAGAAAAGCAAGAAUGAAAGAUCAGCUUGGGAACGUUGUGUCUACCACUCCAAUAAAACGUCGUAAAGUUAUUUCUCAAGAGAUUUUAACAGAGGCUGUACCUCUAAAUUAUCAAAAUUCCUGUGAAAGUGUCAUUCUGAACUGUCGAAGUAUACGAAUAGGAACACUACGAAGAAUGGUAGUGGAACCUGUGAUUUUUUGCCUGGAUUAUAUCAAAAUACGCCUAGAAAGUCAAGAAG